UUAAAAGUUGCAUAAACAGCCAUCUCUUUUUUACCUAUAAGAUGUCAUCUGUCAAAAAGUUCACCAUUUGAGGAAACGAGCAAGGCACGAAUCACCGUGAAUAAAUAGACGACAAGAAUAUGAGGCGACGAAGACUGCAGAAGUAGCAGAAGAAUAAAUUUUUCAUUCGCUUGUACGUUCUGACUGAAGGAGAUAUUUUCAAUUUAUACAAAGAAUAAGUAACUAUAAAAGUGAUUCAAUGUGGUAUUUAACUAAAUAAAUGUUGCAAAAUGGAAUAUGAUAAACAGUUAGUAGCGGAGAGAGUUGUAACUCCUGAAUUAUAUUUUCUAAUAUCGAAGUUUUUAUCUUCGGGCCCGCUACGUGAAACGGCUGAGGUGCUGAUUCGUGAAUUAGAAGAAAAAAAGGUUCUACCACGGCGGACAGAUUGGUUGGGAAAUGAACACGAGCAAAGCUUCGCAGAAUUGGAGCAAAAAUAUGCACACAUUGGACCAAAUCAUUUGUUAGAAAUAUGUUGUCGUAUAGGACCGAUACUUGACAAAGAAUUACCGCCAGCCGUUUUAGGUAUAAUUUCAUUACUUGGUACUGGCCGCCAAAGUUUAUUGCGGACGGAGGAGAGCAUUUACCGGUCACGGUCCUUACUGGACUACUGCACACGUCUACAUGGCGUAUCACUGCCAGACUCAUCAAUAACAAAACAUAUACACAACUUACAAAAAGUUCUUAUUGGUCGUGAGUAUGGAGGCCCGAUUCGUAGAAAAUUAUUGGUUCCAAUUAGUCUCUACAGCAAAACCAAAUUGUUAAAGCGCACUGUAGGACAUUUAUCGUCCGUGUAUUGUGUGCUUUUUGAUCGCACUGGACGCUACAUAAUAACGGGCGCUGAUGACUUGCUCGUGAAAAUAUGGUCAGCAAUUGAUGGUCGUUUACUGGCUACCCUUCGGGGCGCUUCGGCGGAAAUAACAGAUAUAGCCAUAAAUUUAGAUAAUACAAUGUUAGCAGCUGGUUCAUUAGAUCGUAUACUUCGAGUGUGGGACAUGCAAACUACUUCGCCAAUAGCUGUGCUCUCAGGCCAUACAGGCAUGAUAACAUCCUUGAAUUUUUGUCCUUCUCCCCGCGGCGAUUUGAAGUAUUUGGUGACCACUAGUACUGAUGGCUCGAUUGCAUUUUGGCAGUACUCUACGCCACGAGGGCAAAAAAUCACUUUUGCACCCAAGCCAAUACAGUAUCACGAAAAGUUACGACCGGGACAGGCGCAAAUGUUGUGUACCACAUUUUCUCCAGGUGGAAUGUUUCUUGCAGCCGGUUCGGCAGAUCAUCAUGUAAGAGUAUAUAUUAUGUCUGAAGAUGGGCCGAAACGUAUACUUGAAACUGAAGCUUAUACCGAUGCGGUAGAUUCCGUUCAGUGGUCACAUCGAGGUUUACACUUCAUUUCGGGUAGCAAAGAUGGCACAGCACAUAUAUGGAAUUUCGAAUCACAACAAUGGAAAAGUAUAAAACUGUGUAUGACAGAACGAUUGCCAAGUUGUCCACCACCAGAAGAGGGAAAAAAACUGAAAGUUACUAUGGUAGCAUGGGAUUGCUCCGACAAAUAUGUCAUUACUGCAGUAAAUGAUUUUACAAUUAAAAUAUGGCAUUCAAAAACGGGUAAACUGCAUCGUGUGCUACGUGGGCAUAAAGAUGAACUAUAUGUGCUUGAGUCAAAUCCGAAAGAUGAGCAUGUUUUGCUGUCUGCUGGUCAUGAUGGACAAGUGUUUUUAUGGGAUAUAGAAAAUGGAGUUUCUGUUGCUGAGUUUAUGAACGAUAUUGAUGGACAAGGCCAUGGUAGUGUUUUCGAUGCAAAAUGGUCCCCGGAUGGUACAAUGAUAGCCGCUACAGAUUCACAUGGUCAUUUACUAAUAUAUGGACUAGGCAUUUGUCCAGAUAAGUACAAAAUGCUACCAAACGAAUUAUUUUUCCACACGGACUAUCGUCCAUUAAUGCGAGACGCUUCUCAAUAUGUUGUUGAUGAGCAAACACAAGUUAUGCCACAUUUGAUGCCACCACCUUUUCUCGUUAAUUCGGAAGGUAAUCCCUAUCCAGUACAGUAUCAACGUUUUGUACCCGGUCGCGAAAAUUGUACUCGCGAACAGUUGAGACAAAUUUUAACAGUUGGUGAUGAUGGUACGGUUAUUGUCCCCAAUAUCAAUGGUACUGGCGGUAAUUUUUCUCAUAUUGACCGCUUAAUUGCCGUAUUGGCGAAUCGUCAGGGAGCUGCGCCUCCAUCGCCUGCAAUAGCGGGCAAUCAACCGCCAGCUAACAAUCCUUCAGGCAACCAUUCACAGUUAGAUCGACUUAUUGAGGCACUUGCAAGUCGUCAGGGUCAAGAUCAGGCUCCUGACUCUAAUAACCGUCCAUCUAGUAGCCGUUCUGCACUCGUGGGAGCUGGGCAAUUACGUUACAGUUUUGACGACAUGCCUGGACGACAACUUGAUGCAAGUAAUGCAAUCCGUCAACCUACUGGCCAUGUGCGUUCUUCCGGAGAUCACCAAUUGAUACCGACUGUCGACCAACCAACACAGGCCUCACAAAUUAAGUAUUUUCGACGAAUAUAUGUACGCCCUAUGAAAUACCAACAAUUGCAAAACCUUAAACAAACUGUAUAUGCGGCUGGUCAAUAUGAGAUGCAAGAAUAUAAACGAGAGAUGCGUAGGCGACCUAUUAUGAUUACUACCGGUAACGUAGCGUGCAUUCAACUCAGUACUGGCCGUCAACGCACUACUCGUGGCAACAACGGUAUGGGUGGUGCAGUUCGUUCACGGCGUCGCCAAGGGCAAGGUAGCCAGUCCCAGCCUGCUUAUCGAACACGUGCUGUACGUGGUCAGGAAGAGCUGGAUGCGCCACCGCCGCCAGAAGAAGAGGAGGAGGAUGAGGAAAGCAACUCCUCCUCGGGCGAUACCAGCUACUCUAAUGUAGAAGAAAACUUGGAAGAGUCUUCGGAUGAUUCGGAUACUGAAAGCUCCGAUUACUCUGAUUGGGUAGCCGAUACACCAGGACCAAACUUGGAGCCACCGAAACGAUCAAAACGUAAACCAUUAUCAAGAAGGCGCACAUUUAGUGACGAUAGUAGUGAUGAGACCACGGAACAAGCUACUACAUCUGCUGGCGCCGCCGCAAAGGCAUCAAGGAGAAACAAACGCGUUAUUAUACCGCCGCCAGCACCUAAUGGUGAAAUACCCGAGUUAUAUAGGCCAGCCGAGUGGCUAUCGGAAGUGAUACCGCGUAAGGCGCCCUAUUAUCCACAAAUGGGCGAUGAAGUGGUAUACUUUCGACAAGGACAUCAACGUUAUUUGGAAGCGGCGCGCCUCAAAAAAGUAUAUAAGCUAACACACAGUUCGGAGCCAUGGAAUUUUCGUACACUUCGCGAUCGUGAAUUUGUACGUGUAAUUGGCAUAAAGUAUGAAAUUCGUCCACCACGUUUGUGUUGCUUAAAAUUGGCAAUGAUUGAUGAUGAUGGUAAUAUGACGGGCACUUCAUUUAAGAUCAAAUACCACGACAUGCCGGAUGUACUCGAUUUUCUUGUUUUGCGCCAGACGUUUGACUUGGCGGUACAGCGUAAUUGGAGUGUUGGGGAUCGUUUCCGUUGCAUGAUUGGGGAUGGCUGGUGGAUGGGACAAAUCGAAUCUCGUUAUGCCCUUUCUGCUGAUUUUCCCGAUUCAUAUUUUAUGUGUUUCCGUGUACGUUGGGAUAACGGGGAAUAUGAGUAUAUGAGCCCGUGGGAUAUGGAACCAAUUGACGAGAAUCGUCUGCCGGAUGAGGUAGGUGGUGCAGUACCUGUGUUACAGGAGGAGAUACGUGCUACAUUGUAUCAACCUAAAUCGGAAGAAUGGCAUAGAGGAGAUCGUGACGGUUCUUGCAGGCGUAUCAUUAACGGUUUAGAACAGGUUAUGCGUCUCUCGAUCGCAGAACAUUUCUUAGCGCCAGUUGACCUAAAUGUUUAUCCUGACUAUGCCUAUUUGAUUGAAUAUCCAAUUGAUUUAACUACAAUAAAAUCGCGUUUUGAAAAUCACUUUUAUCGACGCAUAACAUCAGCCCAAUUCGACGUGCGGUAUUUGGCAACCAAUGCUGAGAAAUAUAAUCGUUCUCAUACGAACAUAGUUAAGCAUGCACGCAUUAUAACCGAUCUUUGUCUGCGUGUAAUAAGGGAACCCAAUGAUAUUGAUGUUGCAGCUGUUUACCAUCAAUUAGUUGACGUUUAUCACUCAUCGGAAACAGAAAACGACAAUGAAUCAGAUGUUGUACCCUCAACAAGCACUGGCCCAUCUACAUCAGCUGCGGCACGUCAGAAAAUGUCUGCCACACGACGUUCCAGCCGGAUACGGUCUGAUGGUGACUGGCGGGCAGAUUGUCGACAGUUAUUGGACUUAAUGUGGCAACGAAACGAUUCGGUGCCGUUUCGUGAACCAGUCGAUACACUAGAAUUUCCCGAUUAUUUGGAAAUUAUUUCUUCUCCAAUGGAUUUGCGUACAGUAAAGGAAGAUUUGCUCGGUGGAAACUAUGAAGAUCCUUUGGACUUUGCAAAGGAUGUGCGCUUGAUAUUUCAAAAUUCACGCAAUUAUAAUACCAACAAACGUUCGCAAAUUUAUGCCAUGACUCUGCGUUUGAGUGCAUUAUUCGAAUCGCAAAUAAAGACCGUAAUAAGUAAUUGGAAGGCAGCGCGCCGGCGUGCGAAUAAGAAUGCAGGCAGCGGCGGUGGUCGAGGAUCCAGCAGCAGCCCAACAAAACGCCAACCUCCUGACGCAUCUAAACGUGGCCGCAGUCAACGCAACACACGGCAACUACACAGCUCCGAUGAUGACGAUGAUGAUGAUGACGACGAUGACAUUGUUCGUAGAGGUCACGCGAAUGUACAAUCGCGCGUUACACAACGACGUGUUGCUAGCGGAACGACAAAUGGUCGAAAUGGUCUGCUUCGCGGCACUAUAUCGGCAUCAGCAAGUACAUCCGCGGGCUCGAAUCGCGUUAGCUCGUCUUCUGCAUUACAACGUCGCGGAGGCGAACCAGCACAAGCAAGGCGCAGCUCACGUCGGAAGGCGGCAAGUCAAGAGUUAGAAGAUGAUGAUGAUGUCGAUGAAGAAGAAGAAGAUGACGCUGAAUUGCAUGUAACCGAUGAGCAUAGCACUGGGUCGAGCUCUACUUCCGGAGACAGCGAUAGCGAGGAUAAUUCUGAAGAGGACUUAAAUGAUAGCAACGAUGGAUCAGAUAACGAUGGUGCGCGCGCUAAACGUGGUACAGCGCGCCAACGAAAACGGCGAAGUGGUGCCGACGAUUCGGAAGACAGCUAUAAGCCGGACAACGAUCGACGCAGUGGUGGACGGCGUGGAGGUAGUAAGCGGAGUAGAAAAAAUAAAGCUGCGAAAAAGUCGAGUAGAAAGCAGCAGGACAAACGAAAGCAAACCUCGCGAAAGCGUGUUAGACGUAUCGAAGACGAUGAUGAUGAGGAUUAUAUGGAAAACAGCAACAAAAGGAGAACAACGACUACGGUCACUGCUGCUUCAAAUGGGCCUGGUCGCACUACAAAUGGCAAUGUUCGCAGAGGGAAUAGACGACGCUUGCAAUCGUCAGAGGAAGAACAUGACGACAUGAUGCAUCACACAAGUUCGCAACUGGAUGAGAGCACGCAAGAUACGAUUACAGGGCAGACGGCUCGAAAUGGAAUGUCGACGCCGAAGAAGCGCGCACCAGCGACUGGGCGUCCGCAGCGAAGUAACCCAGCUGCUAUAGAGAACGGGCCUUCCACAAGUGCUAAUGCAAUGUUGCAACAGAGCCCUUCACGUAAUACACGUAUGCAGACGAACACAUCGACGGCGAGUGGAGUGACGACGCUGGGUAAUAGGAGGAGUGCGACAGAAAUCGAUCACAGCUAUCAUCUUCCCAUGCGUAAUGGUCGUAUUGCGGAUUCGGACACAGAUUCUCGUGAAGUGGCAGCAAAUGCACGCCCCACAAGGUCUAGUUUCAAGCGUGCAAUUUUAGAAUGGGCGCGAACAAGCGAUGUUGAAGACGACGAACAAGAACAGGAAGAGGUUGAAUAUGAGGAGGAAGAUAGUGAGGAAGCGGAGGAGAUUUUGCCUACCCCGACGCCUACGAAAAUAUCGCCUUCGAAGACAAACAAUACCGGUAAACAAUGUAAUAGUGGCCCUUCCACCAGUCGAGCUGCUCACAUUGACGCUGUCGGGCCUGUAUCUGUUGGUCAAGUGCGGCAGCUGCGCACCAAUCGUAAUACGGUUGUUGAACCGCCACACGAGGAUGAUGAUUCAGAGGAUGGUGACGGUAGUGAGAAUGAACCCCUCGCUGCGAGUCAAGGCGCCACAGCAGGCGUCCAGAGCCGAAUUCAUCCUGCCAGUUACCCGCCCACCCGCAGCGCUACGAAUACUGCCACGCCGCGCUUACAGGCACACGCUGCUGCCAUGAGCAACGCUCACAUGACCCGCUCACAUGCUACAUCUACAACGUCAUCUUCGAACAUAACUACCUCCACAUUAUCAGCACACGAUCACAACUAUUUGGGCUCAGAGACUAUGGGCCCGUCCACAUCGGCUGCUGCGGCGCGCGGCACUGCACGUCGUAUGCUAUCGCGCCAUCAACGCAAUGCUGACGAAUUGGAUAGCAGCGCUGAUCCACUUGAAAACUUCAGCGAAUUUAUGCAAAAUCCUCGCUUACGUCGGGGCCUUCCAACAUCCACAACUUCGCAGACCGCAGUUAAUGGUGGUACGAUAGCGACAACAGCAGCAGCGGCUAGUACGCGUGCGCCAAAGCGUAUAAGCACUGUUCGACGCGGACGCUCACGCUACAACCAAGAAAACUCACAAACUGCCGAUGAUGACGAUGAUGAAAGUGGCGAAGAGGAUGCCAGCGCUGCAUCUGACGAGGGCACUGAUGGUGGCUCUAGUACACAUGACGACGAGGACAACGAAAACGCCACCGACGAUUCAGAAGAUAAUCAGCCGUUAACAUCGUAUGUACCAACUGGACGGCGUACGCGUAACCAUGGCAACUCACCACGACGAGCUAAUCGCCGACGUCGUUCAGACGAUUCAUUUGUGUGUGACGAUGAUGACGAAGACUAUGAAGUGGAACGGCGGCGACAGAGACGACAUCAAAGGCAGAGGCCACGAUCGCGGCGCCAUAGCGAUCACGAUCACAGUAGUCCCCAGGGUAAUAGACGUAAGAAGCGUGGCUCACGCAACCUAAAGCGACCGCGCUACAAUGAGCAGAGUGAUGAUGAGGCUUCUCAUGACUACAAUGCAGCCCGAAAGCGACAGCGAGAUGCGGACGGUAGUGCUGAAAUGGUAGGCAGCAGUUCUCAACGAACAGUGGCGCAACGACCUUCACGAACUGUGGAGGAUAUGGAUAGCUCAGAAGAGGAUGAUGAACAGUUAGUGAGUGUUAGUAGUCGUGGACGUGUACGAAAAAUUUCAGCUAAAGCACGCGGUAUUUUUAAAGAUUAAUCGUCUCAAUUACCGACUACGUGAUGGCAGUAUCGACUUAAGUUGUUACUGUUUAAAAGCCAUUCACACAUGCACGCCUAUGCUAACAGUAAAGAAAAAAAGGAUAUAUAAGCAGGAAAAGGUGAAAAUAGUGUAUUGAAAAUUUUGCUUUAAAAUUGUAAUUUUUUUUUCGUUAUAUACUAUGUAUGUAUGUACCAGGUCGUUUUAGCCGCGCUUUUGACUUAUGGCCUAAGCGAUUUUGUAAACACUUCUUUGCACACUAUUAAGCGUGGCUAAUUAGUAAUUUAAGAUUUAGUUAAAAUGUAUUCUUUAAAUCUAUUCAUAAAUGUUUGCGAGUUGCAGGAACAUGAAAGCCAGUUACUUAGAAAGUGGAAAGUGGCGAAUGGGAUUCUAUUUAUGAAAAUGCUAAAAAAGUUAAUUUAUUUAUUCAUCUAAGCUGACUUCAUAUUUCUCAGUUGAAAUUGUAUAGAAGCAUCAUUUUAAUUGCAAAUUUCAUUUACUUGUAUUAUUUAAGAACAUCGUGAAUUCGAGGAAAAAAA